GAGAUGGCCCCAAGCAGGAAGAUGUUUUACUUUGUCUUCAUUUUGUUCUUCAUUGUGGCUCAACUGCUGUCAGGGUGCCAGGCAGGACUUGACUAUUCCCCAUCAUUUCCAGCAGGUGAGCACAGCGCUUGUGACACGUGCAGGCUUGGUCGGGGAAAGUGCAGAAGGAUGUGCCUGGAGCAUGAGAAAGUGGAAGGCAACUGCAUGCUGAACUUUUUCUGCUGUCGAGAGAGGAUCUGA